UUUCCAAUCAUUCAAACCUUAUUUUUAUUAUUGGUCAUAAUAUAUAUACGAAAUCAUCACAAGCAUUGAACAUGUUGAAUAAAAACUCAACAUCAUCGUUCGUUUUCAUCAUGAUCGUCAUCAUCAUGAACAAUGUUUAUGGUCAAAUUAUCGAUGUUUAUGACCGACGAUUAUUUUAUCAAAAAACUGAUCCAAAAGUCUAUGAUUCCAGAUUGGAUCCAAAAGAUUUAAAUCAGGUGGAAAUUGGUUUGAAAUUAUUACAUUUUGGUCCGGUGGAUGAGAAAAAAUCCCAAUUUACUGUAUUGGUUCAUGUUUAUACAUGGUGGAAUGAUCAUCGUCUAUCAUUGCCUGAUCAAAUGGCCAAUUCAACACGAUUAUCAUAUCUGGAUGUAGAUUGGACAGAUAUUACAAGGAUAUGGCGACCAACCAUACAUUUUGCCAAUGCCGUACCAUUUACAGCGGAUAUUUUAACUGAUAAAUUGUCUGGUCAAAUUUCCGGCACCAUAAGUGGUGAUGGCCGUGUUUUUCUAAUCAAAAGAACUCAAUUAACAGCAAGUUGUAAAUUUAAUAUUAAAUUUUAUCCAAUGGAUAAACAACAAUGUUGGAUUGAAAUUGAAUCCAAUUCAAUGACGGCUAGAAAUUUUCAAAUGAAAUGGUUAGAUGAACAACCGAUAGAAAUACCGGAUAAUUUUAAUUGGGCAAAUUUUGGAUUGAAAAAUUUAACCACACAAACCGUACGUAUGACAUAUCGAAAUGGUGGCCCAUAUGUUCGAUUGGCAGCUACAUUUGAAUUAAGACGUCAUAUGACACAUCAUAUAUUCAAUGUUUAUUUACCAUCCACAUUGUUUGUCAUUAGUUCAUGGUCAUCAUUUUGGAUUCAUAUACCGGCUGCACCGGCACGUGUUGCAUUAGUAUUGACAACAAUGUUGACACAUGUAACUAGUACAAAAGCAGUACUUGAUCAAAUACCACGUACAAAAUUUGUUAGCUCAUUAGAUAUAUGGAUUAUAAUGUGUACAAUGUUUAUAUUUGCUGCCAUUAUUGAAUAUGCAACAGUAAAUUAUUUCUAUACAAAACCAGAACGUAUACAGGAUAAAAAUCAAGAUCCAAUACUACUACUAUGCAAUCGACAACAACAACAACAACAGGAUUUAUCAUCCACACAAUUGGACAUCAAUGGUAAUCGUCCAGAUUCAUCAUCAAGCAACAAUACUAAUACUAGUAAUAAUAAAAGUAUGGCUAAAUUUGUUUAUUAUUGGCAUGAUAUAUGGCAAAAAAUAUUACCACCAUUCAAUAAUGAUGAUGAUGAUAAUUUUAAUGCUAAAAAAAUUGCAUUAAAAAUUGAUCAUCGUUCACGUUUUAUAUUUCCAAUUACAUUUUUAUUAUUCAAUAUUUUCUAUUGGACAAUAUUGGCCAUUUAUUCUGAUCAAAUUGAAUAGGCUAUGUGAAUAAUUGAAUGGAAAUGAAAUGAAAUCCAAAAAAAAAAAAACGACUAAUU